AUGGCAAAGGAGAAACAACAAGCUGGGGUUGCGGAAUGGUCCUUAUGUCCCAUUUGCUUGGUUCAGCCAUUUCUUAAAGGACCUGCUUGGGGAGGGCCCUCUAGAGAGGCAAGCAGGGAGGUAUGUGGUGUGGCAUGGAGGCAGGGGUUUGUGGACUGUAUAUCAGUAAUAGCAGUGCAAGCAGUAGAGCUGCAAAGCAACAGCAUACAAGGUGCAAAGAAGGGCAUGCUUGCAAGGGAUCUGACAACAUAUGAGGAUUUGGAGCUUCAUGGCAAGACACAUGCAGCAGUGCUAGUGCCUGGUGACAUGCAAGGGAGCUUUGGAGUCUGUGGAUAUGUUCAGGUCCUUCCCAUAUUGGGACAAUCCCAAGUCAUGCACUGGCUUCAGCUGGACAUGUUGAACUAUGAUUGGGAGUGUACAAUCAAAGAUGAGGGAAUGCAGGAUAUCAUUGAUGGUCUUGCUGGCAGUCCACAUGGUACCAAUGCUCCUUGCAUCAAAAAGACUUCAGGUGUUUGGGUGAGCUCGAUUGCUCACCGCAGCGAAGAAGCCGCCCUUGCAGGGUUGGACUCCCAUCAGAGCUUUACAUACAUCCAAACUCAUCGUGGAUCGACGCGGCAAGUCUUAAUGCCCACGCUGGACAUCAAGCGACAUGGAAAGUUCGGGCCUGGAAGCGCUGAGCACUGGGUUUCCCAUUCCAGCGCUGCACUCCUGCGUGCCAGACAAGUCUUGACACAUCUAGUCGAGCAUGAAUGCAGACCUCCGAGGGAAGCCAACUACAUAUUGCCUAAGCAUCAAUGGCUACCAACAGCAGAGCUGGACUAUUGCCGCAAAAUUGCCAUGCCCUGGAGUGGGGCUUGCCUGCUUGUGCACGAAGAGCAACCAGACAACCUCAACCUGGAGUGGGCUGCUCAGGCCGUCUGCCUGGAGACUUGAAUCACUCAAAAUGGCUACAGCAAAGCACACAACAUUGCCAUAGAUGAUGCACUGUGCUUUGCCAAAGCGGCAAUCUCAAGUCAUCGGGCUGAAGUUGAAGCGAGUAUAGCAAGCUUCGCUGCGAGUAUCGAAAGGACAGCUGACCGUUCUCUGUGAC